AACAAUUAGCCAUUUCGCUGGUAAAAAAAAUAAAAAAAUCCGUGAUAAAUCGUGAAAAAAUCGGAAAUUCGGCUCGAUAAACGGCUCCGUAUCCUCAUAUAAUGCACGAAUGUUGUGGAAAUGAGGAUCGAGAACGCACAUUUGGACAAAUAUUUGAGAAAAUUGUGAGUGGCAGCAAUCCAGCAUCAUCGACGACAUACGAAACAAAAACAAUAAUUUACCAAUCGCUAUUUAUUCUGGCAUUUUUCAUCCUAAUUGCCUAUUCGUUCUUGAGGGAGGCCCGGCAGGAGCCUCACGACACACAAAAACACGCGAAAAAACAGGACUAAAGAUCCUUUUUACGGAGAUAUUAAUUGGAAAUAAGACGAUCACAAAUGCGAAUCACAAAUGAAAUUCGAAAAAGAUAAUAAAAAUAAAAUCAUGUCAUCGAAUCAUGAGCCACCGGUGAAGAAACGACAACGAAUAGAGGACGAUGAGGUGGCUAACAACAAAACGGGCCGUGCUGGAAGUGUCUCGCUGAGUCCGAAUCAUUCCACGAGCUCAGCAGGCAGUAAUUCUCCAAGCACAAGUAGUUCCACGACCUCCGUUGACGAGCUAGAUCACGCUUUGGGUAUCCAUUCGAGCAGCAGCACAGACUUACUGAACACCACAAACGAUAGUUGCAAGGAUCCCGUGUCCUUGGGCGUCGUACUGGAACAGGAUUGGACGGAUUUCGUGUCAGCUGUGGAGGAAAAGCAGUGUGUUUGCGGUUUAGACGAUGCUACGAUACGAAGGCCGUUUCAGCGAUACUUGCAAGUUGAUGGCGCGAGUUCUGCGGUGCCGUUGCACGAGUGGCCCAGUGAUCAUAUCGUGAAAUAUCUGUCAAAUGUGCAACUUUUCUUCGAUAUUUAUCUGAAACAGAAUGCACGGGGCACGAUUUGCGGGAAAUUUGUCGAGUUAUGCGAGUGUAUCGUCAAUACGCAAGGACUAAAUAUGCUCGAAGACGUCCUGGAAUUAUGCAAUGUGCGUACGGAAAGCAUCAGCAAGAACAAAAAUGGGUCGGCAGCGACAAAGUACAUUCUGUAUCUCUCUGGUAGAGUAAUUAGCUGUUAUUUAAUUAUCAUUAAGGAGGAGUUGGACAACAAGUGGCUUAAGAAAAUCGUCGAUAACUUAUUUAUAUUCGAGAAAUUGAAUGACCUAGCGAUAAGACGAAUUAAUUUUAGUCUAGACAUAAUUAAGUACAUCAUUGAAUUUAAGGAUAUGGACGAACAUCCGUUGGAGGAGGACAUUAACGAACAACUUGCCGUCAAUAUGCUACCACCAAUCGAAACAAAUUACUUUGCCCAACAGUAUUUGCCCGGCAGCAGCAACAAUUCCGCCGUCACCUCGUCAAUUUUUCGCAAUUUAGCUGACGCGAGUCACACACAUCAUCAUCACCGUUCGAACGUUGCUGCCACAGACUGCCACUAUGUUACCUUGACGGACUCUGAGAGUUUCGACACCACCCAGAUCAAGUGUGUCACCGUGCAGAUACUCGAGAACAAGUGGCCCGCUCUCGUCAAUACGAUGCGCGACAUGAUCCAGAAGCAUCGUGAUAUCGUGCAUGCCGAAACGUGUACUUUGACCUUUUUGAGCUUAUGGGAGAACAUCAUCAGUGUCAAGGCGAAUUUAUCUGUUGUGGAAACGCUUCCGUUUUACGCGCAACUCGAUAAAUUCGAACUUUUGCUUUGUAGUCACCUCUCGCCGAUCAUUUACAAACAAAUGCUUGCCUUGUUCAACGAAGCCCUGUGUUACGGCAGCACCUUGGCUCUGCAGGACAUCCUCCCGGAAGAAACGUGCAACUUGGCGCAUCACAUUGUGCGACACGUGCGCGAUUUUCGCAUUCUGGAUUACUUGCCGCGACAACGUCAAGCAAGUUGCGACCCCAUUUCCGUUGGAUUUGCCGGGCAAUCAGCUCCCACGAUCGAAUAUGCACCAAACACCCUCGACAUGUCUUCCAGUGCCGCCGUUUCCGAAGCACAAACCUCGCCGCCGCCGCCGCCCACUCUUGCCACUUACGACAAAACCCUGUUGCAGAAAUUAACGUUACUAGUACUCAAAAGUGUCGCCGUGUCCGUCAAACAGAUCCGUUCCGACAGCAGUGACUCGUCCAUCGACUCGCAAGACUACGAGGCGCUGCAAGACAUGAUCGUGAUCGAACGCUCGAUCCGCGACGUCCUCACACGACUGGAAACCUUCAUGAAAAACGCCCUGGAGUUCCAUCCGGAAUCGCAUUUCAGCAAAAUUCUCAUUCAUUUGUUCGCCGAUCAGGACGAUUAUUUGAUCGAAGCGAUGGUUUGUACGCUGGAUGUUACGGCGAGCAUUUCGUUUCGCAAUAACGCGUUUCCGGAACUCGUCGCGAUGCUCAAUCCGGUCUACACUUUCCUCGAAUUCCUCAAUAUGAUUAGCAAUAGUUCGGAUUUGCUGCUGGAUCUGCUCGUCAGCAACGAAACUUGCUUCCUGCUGUAUUUGCUGCGGUAUUUGAAGUAUAUUCGUCUCAAUUGGUCCAUGUUUGUACAAAGUUGUCAGGAUGCGCGCUUCGGAAAUAAUUGUCUGGAUGAGACGAUGAGUGUGCUGAUACGACUGCGACUCAAAAUUAGCAGACUCGUGUCGAAAAGUCUGUAUCCGUAUGAUAUUUCGCCGAUUUUGCGGCUGCUCGAGAGUUGCGAGAGUCUGUACGAGGGAAAUGAAUUGAGCUAAGCGAAAAGCGCGAUAUGGAGACCAGUGCCUUAGUUACGUAAGUGUGUUCGCUUUAAGGGUUAUUUUCUUCUUAGUUUUGUAAGGUUUUUAUUUUUUGCGUAAAUAAAUUAACAGUUAAGGACGUAAGUUGUAAUUUUAUACAUUUUUUUAUAAGAA